UUGUCAAUGUAUGCUGGUGAUAUCAUGACUGUCAAUGUCAACUUGGCUGGUCUUCCAGCAUUAGUUCUCCCGUGUGGAUUUGUUGAUAGCAGCUCUGCGGCCCUUCCUGUUGGUAUUCAGAUGAUUGGUGCUGCAUUUGAAGAGGAGAAAUUGUUUAAAGUAGGCCAUAUCUUUGAGCAGACACUGCAAGGCUGCUCUUUUAUUCCUCCUAUAGUAGCCGAUGAAUUGGCAUGCUAGUCGUGAAUUCUUGCACAAUUGUUGGGGAUUGUUCUUCCUAUCAACCUAAUGAUUUCAUAGAGACUGGCGAAAUAGCUAUGGUGGAAAGCUCUGUGCUAAUUGGAAGACAGAUGCAUCCAUUCCAUAUCAAAUGUUCAACCAAAGCUUUCUGGGCUCGUGCCACUGUUGACAAAAGAACUGAUUCUUGUGCUGAAUCUUUUUAUGCGCCCAUUACGAAUUCAUAAGAACUCUCAAAAUUCUGGAGACUGUAACUUAUUGAAAGCAUUUUUCUUAGGUGUAAAUUAGCUUGCAUAAAUUUAAAACACCUUCAUGUACACAUUUAUUUCAUAUUUUUUAUUUUCUGGAAAGUUGUAUUACUCCAACAUUUCUGACGGUGGAUAAGUGUGUCUAUAUCAGAUACAUAUAUAACUUGUUCUUAUGUGCAAGAGCUCUUUCAGAGUUGGCCUUU